UGCUGCCCCAGCAUUGGGCGGCCCACCGGCUACCUCGCCUGGUCCGAGCGGGGGCGGGGCCGGCCGGGUGACGUCACGCCGGGAAUGCCUGGGGUGAGUGCACCCGGGCCGGCUGAGAGCCAGAGUGGGCGCCGGGCGGAGACGCGGCGCUCUCGGACCCCGGACGCCCGACCCGCCGCCGCUAUGUACGACCCCGAGCGCGGCUGGAGCCUGUCCUUCGCCGGCUGCGGCUUCCUGGGCAUCUACCACAUCGGGGUGACCAGCUGCCUGAGCGAGCGCGCCCCGCACCUCCUGCGCGACGCGCGCACGUUCUUCGGGGCCUCGGCCGGGGCGCUGCACUGCGCCUUCCUCCUCUCUGGGAUCCCCAUGGAGCAGACAUUGCAGGCCCUCGUGGACCUUGUCCGGAGCGCCAGGAGCCGGAACAUUGGCGUCCUCCACCCGACCUUCAGUUUGAACAAGGAGGUCCGAGAUGGUCUCCAGAAACACCUCCCAGACAACGUCCACCAGCUCGUCUCGGGCAAAAUUGUCAUCUCGCUCACCAGAGUGGCCGAUGGAGAAAAUGUGCUGGUGUCUGAUUUUCGGUCCAAAGACGAAGUCGUGGACGCCUUGUCUUGUUCCUCCUUCGUGCCUUUCUUCAGUGGCUUGAUCCCCCCCUCCUUCAGAGGCGUGCGAUACGUAGAUGGAGCAGUGAGUAACAUCAUACCCUUCUUUGAUACCAAAACGACCAUCACUGUUUCCCCCUUCUAUGGGGAGAGUGACAUCUGCCCCAAAGUCAAGUCCACGAACUUUCUUCACGUGAACGUCACCAAGCUCAGUGUACGCCUCUGCUCCGAGAACCUCUACCUAUUAACCCGGGUGCUAUUCCCUUCGGAUCUCAAGGUGCUUGGAGAGCUGUGCUGUCAAGGAUAUUUAGAUACGGUCAGGUUCUUGGAAGAGAAUGGCAUCUGUGACAGGCCCCCUCUGUGCCUGAGUGCAUCCCCAGCAGAGUCGGAAGUCCUUGAGGCCCCCCGGGAGCACGGGAGCCUGCAGUCUUCCCCGAGCAUGGCCGCCGGGGAGGCGAAGCCUGAGGAAGCCACGCUGCUGGAUCACCCACACCUCAGCAUCCUGCCCUGGGAAGACAGCACCCUGGAGACCCUGUCGCCCAGGCUCACCAUAGCCCUGAGGGAAGCAAUUGGAAACCAAGAUGGGUACAUAAACAAGAUGUGCAACUUCUUACCAAUUAAGGUCAUGUCCUACCUGGUGCUGCCCUGCACGCUGCCCGUGGAGUCCGCGAUUGCUGUGGUCCAGAGACUGGUGAUGUGGCUUCCGGACAUGCCCAGCGACAUCCAGUGGCUGUGGUGGACGACCUCCCGGAUUUGUUCUCGAGUGAUGACGCGUUUGCUCCCUGUGGAGCCCUGCAUCAAGGACACAGGACAAAAACUCCUGAAUUAACCAAGCCCGCAUAGCAGCGGUUGCCAUGGGCGCUCCUAAUCUAACCGCACAGCCCCACGACGCCACAGUAGGUAAAGUAUUCGCCACGUAGCAGCCUCGAAGCACCCUGACCAAUCGCCUGAUGCCAUCCUGCCAGCAGGAAUUUUCUUUGUCUUCAGGCUAUAAAAGUUGGCCACUAGCCCACAGAGGGGGCGGCUCUCCGUGGUCUGUCAGGAAGUGGUUCCGCUGUAUCUGCAGCGCCCCUCACUAACUCUGCGCUUCGUUCUCAGUAAACUCACUCUUCCCUAAGAUACUUCGUGUCUGGAAAUUCUUCUUCCAACCCACGUGCGGACCACGACAUUUUGGUGGCCUGUACGGGGAUAUCUCCUGGGGGGAUCUCCUCCCCCACCUCCUCUCCUCAUUCCUUGGGACUCUCUGUGAACAGGCAAGCUGCCGUGGAAGCAACAGAGGACUCUGGCCAGGGCCACACCCUGGCGUGUUCCGAAGGCUCCACGGCUCGCUUCGCCCCAGUAACUGCCGUCCAGACGGCUGAGGAUCCCUCUGUCUUCCUCCCGACUGCGGAUUAGGCCGAUUGGCAUCGUGCGGGCACGGGUCAGGCAUUUAAAAGCCGUUAGGGCGCCUGCCGCUUGAAGACUCCCGUGAAAGGAUAAGGGGGUCACGGAACGGACCAGGCUGUUAGAGCGUCUGCCCCCAGCAAGGCAACUUCCGUGCGAUGCGAGGUGCGUAUUGAUUCAAGCAGAACACUGAGCCCCCUCCCCCUGGCCGCCGCCUUCCCGGCAGGACUACGAGGCCGAUUCCUCAGCCUGUCUUCUCUGUUACUUUCACCAUUUUCUCAGUCCGGAUUGACUUACAGGAGCCUAGGCAUUGCCUCGGAGCCAUCCCCGGAGUGCCUUUCACGUUUCAGGGAAUCGCCAAACGGUGAGUCACCCGGUGGGUCCCGGGAAUCUCCUCUCUUUCCUUUCCUUCCCUGCUUGAGUCGCAUGGUGCCUCAGUCGCACGCUCAGGGGUCACCUCUCACGGUCGGACGCGAUUGUUGGGACGGUCGGCCCAUUUUGUGCCUUAGUCGCAUGGAGAGAUCACUGGGACAAAGGGGACGCCUCUCUGUCAGCCGGUGACUCUCAGUACCCCCGUUCUACGGCGUACAGGCUAAGAAUGGGUUCUGCGAUGUCUCGGGAGCCUCCCUCGGACUCACCCCUCGGCUGUAUCCUCAGGCACUGGGAAAAUUUGACCCUGAAAAUCUCAGAAAGAAGAGGCUCAUUUUCUUUCAUAACACGGCUUGGACCCAGUAUAAACUGGGGGACCGAGAACAAUGGCUUCUUAAUGGGACACUAAAUUAUAACACGAUCCUCCAACUUAAUCUCUUUUGCCGGAAACAAGGAAAGGACUCAGAGGUUCCUUACGUCCAGACCUUUAUGGCCCUUAGUCAGAAUCCGGAGCUGAGGGACUCAUGCCGCACGUGUCUUUCCGUUGCCACCUCAUCUCCCCGACCCCCUCUGCCUCCCUCUCCAGCAGAUCUCCUAGGCGGCCCUCCACUCGACCUUUCCUGUCCCCCGCUUCAUGAACCCUCAUUGCUUCAGCCCCUGCACCCACCUCAGCACAGCUCACCAGUAGGUACCCCCUUAUCAGGGCAAAAGCCCCCCUUCCCUCCCCACACAAGAUCCAGGACUGCCCAACGCCAGGAAACAGAUUCUAAUAUGCUUCCCUUAAGGGAAGUGGCAAAUGGAGGCAUGGGCACUAUUAGAGUCCAUGUUCCCUUUCCCGGGUCUGACAUUUCCCAAAUUCAAAAACGAGUUAGGUUCCUUCAGUCAGGAUGGCCACAAUAUUCUAGAGUCCGGAGAAAAUUGGUUAAGAUAAAAAUUUUUUGAAAUUGCAAAACCAGUUCUUUAUGCAUAUGCAAUUAGGGAAAGCUAGCUUGUUGAAAUAUCUUUUUCAGAAUUCUGACCCUGAGAGAACAAAAAAUAUGCCUAGGAGAAAGCUUGAAGUUAACUCUUAUCAUGUCCUUGAACUACAAGCAAAGCCCACUUUGCCUGAGACUUCAGCCUUGGGUUAAUUAGUAGAACUUCAAGCCAAGAAAAAAAAUAAAAGAGGCAGGGGCUUCCCUGGUGGCACAGUGGUUGAGAGUCCGCCUGCCGAUGCAGGGAACGCGGGUUCGUGCCCCGGUCGGGGAAGAUCCCACAUGCCGCGGAGCGGCUGCGCCCGUGAGCCAUGGCCGCUGAGCCUGCGCGUCCGGAGCCUGUUGCUCCGCAACGGGAGAGGCUACAACAGUGAGAGGCCCGCGUACCAAAAAAAAACAAAAACAACAAAUCAAACAAUUCUAAAUACAAGAAAAAUUAAGCUAAAUAAAUUUCAGAUUCACGUGAACUGGGGAAUAUUCAAUAUUAAAUUAAUACCUGGUAUUAAUGUUUAAGUUUAUUGAUCUAAUUAAUAUAGACAUGUCUUUAGAGCGAUCAAAAUUAAGUAUAAUACUUUUAUUGUGCCUAGGUUUAAUAUAAACUAAAUAAGAUCUUAUUAUAACUGUCACAAAUUUGUCAGCAAUGAAAAUAACUCAAUGUGAAGAAACUUUUUUUUUUCGGUAAAAGUCUUUUGUCAUUAUAGACACUAACAGUUUCACUCUAAUGCCUUUGCAAAAACGCUUCCUCUUCAAGAAGAUUUAUAAAAAGGACUUUUGGAUAAAUACAAGUUUCUGACUUUCAGACUAUAAUGAUAACUAGCUAAGAAAUUGAAGAAUUCUAAUGAAAAACCUGCUGGCUUCAUAAAAAUGUUAACAGAAAGGAUUAAUUACAAACGACUGAAUGAACCGGUAAAUACGGUUAUAAUUUUAUGGGUUCUAUCUGAAAAAUGACUGGUUUGAAUCUGUGUUUUCCAGGUGUAAGGAAAACCUUCCCCUCAAACUAAUUCUGACUUACAGUAAUUUGGUAAAUUAUACCUUUGUAAGCAAAAUUGAAACAUUUACAUUUUUCGUCUGUCUGCUCACUCCAGAGAUGGGAAACUCUUAGGUUCCCAGCAGCUUUAUCAGAUAAAUUAGGAAGGCUACCUCACUAACAGGUACAGAAAUCUCAAGGUAUUUUGGGAACCUUGAAAAGGGAGGAAUUCACCUAGAUCUGGUAAGCGAAAUCUGUGACAAGCCCUUGGUGUGACUUUCCUAGCCCUGAGAGGGCUUUUAAAAGUUCAGUCUGAGACUCCUUAUGAAAAUUUCCCCAAGCAAAAAGCCUAUAUGAUAAUAAACUUAAAAAUAAAAAAGUUUAUUGAGACCAGGCUGAAAUUUGGUUCUCUCUCUGUUGAGAACGAAGUUUUCUUGGAAUGCUGCUUUUAAUAACAAACUAUGUAAGUCCCUUUGCCUUUAAGUGAUUUGUAUUUACUUUUUUUUUUUUUUUUUUUUUUGUGCCUUACG